AUGGCGCAGAGUCUAAAGACGUCGCCGAACCUUUCACGCAACAACCACAAGCUUGGGAGUAAUAGUAGACAUCAAGGUCAAAGACGAAGUGUUUUUUCCCCGAUAGUAACAUUGUACGUAUUAUUAUUGUUGCAAUUGACUAUAGUUCCAUCUGUUUUACCACUAUCAUCAUCAGCGGCGGCAGCAGUACCGCAGUGUGCGUGGGUCUUCAGUGUAGCGGAAGGGGAAACGUCUACAAAUGUCUUAACACGUCAAUGGGCACGUGAGAUGUGUGCUGGGAAGUACGUGACUGUACAGACACAGAACUCUGUGCUGCCGGGUUUCACAGUUCCCAAUGCCCAUCUCCUUGUGGUCCAGUAUACACCAACCAAGACGGGAUUGGCUGAAGGAGAUGUGCGUUAUGUCUCUCAGGAGCUAAAAAUUACAUGCGAUGUGUUUACACCACUCUGCGAAAAGGCAACAGUGUACUUUGUUGUUAGUGGUACAGAAACACCUGAAACAACAACAACAACAACUACUACUACUACGACGACAACAACGACAACAACUGAAGCACCGUUACCUCCUAGUGAAAACACUACUACUACUACGACGACAACAACGACAACAACUGAAGCACCAUUACCUCCCAGUGAAAAUACUACCACAACAACGACGACAACAACAACAGAAGCUCCUACAGAGGCACCAGUUGUUUGUCCUUUAAAUGGUCUUCUUCCUGUAGUGACAGUGAAUAUGACCACCCCUACUUCUCUUACUCCUCUGCAAUAUGUAGAAAACUGUCUUCUACCAAGAUAUUUGGUUAUAGAAAGCACUAAUAGUCCCAAUAGUGAGGAUCAGACUAAUUAUUUUUCUGUUGAGGAUGGUGAGAUUCUUUGGUUUGAUCGUAAUGCAGAAAACAAGAAAGAGGGUUUAUUUAGUGCUAACCUCACUAUAUACUGUAGUGGGAUGCUAUCGUGUAGUGAUGUUCAGGCACAGGUACUCGUAGAGCAAAACUCAAUUGUUCCACCUCCUCCAGAGUCUUUACCGAAUUGUAGUCACAUAUAUGGCUAUCGUGUAGACUUUGAACAACAUGCUCAUCUCACUAUUGUACCACACAAGGAUGAUUCUUGUUCUGUUAGUACGCAGAAUUAUUUUACGCUUGUUUCACCACCAAAGUAUAAUCCGGAUGAAUUUCAUCUUUACCCAAGUACUGGCGCUUUUGAUUACACUGGACCUCCCGGACCCCAGGUGAAAAGUGAUACAUUUGUAUUUAUUAUUGGUUGUAACGAUACUGAGACUUCUACAAAUAAGUUUUUGUGUACAGGACGUGCUCGUUUGCAAAUCACAGCACCCCCGGAAACACCACCGGAGGAAGUAGAAUGUCCAGGAAACUUUUCUUUCAUUUAUAAUAUUACCACUGAAGGCGUUGGAUUACCGGCUUCAUACAAUCUUUUCCGUGCUGCCACCGUCGUUGGUGGUUCAUCAUUUUGCGCAGAUGAACAUUACGUGGGGGCGGAGGUGCGAACACCGCCGGUGGGUGGAAAUAUCUCAUCUCUUAACAGUGAGACGGGUGAGUUUCAGUACACCCCCGCCGGAGUUGCGGCCGAUCACUUUGAUUUUGCCCUCACAUGCGCCACUGGGGCCGUCUGCCACGCCACUGCCGAACUGCUUCCACACAAUUCGCCCAACAACUCCAACAAUUCCACAGACAUUUAUGAUCUCGGGGCUGUUGUGUGCCGCGGGACGUGUGAUGCCGCCGCGUGGCGCUCCGCCGCCGCUUUUCCGGACGUUUUCGACACCCCCGCCGGCCCGCACGUGACGCCCCGCCGCGAUGGCGCCUCGCCGGACGCCGUAGAUGUUGACAUCAGCAUCGCCGGCAGUGCACUCCUCAUUCGGGCACGUACAACUAUAGGAAAUAUGGCCGCUCGCUUUAUUACUUUUACCCCAAUUCAACCUACAAAUCCAAAUAGUGGAAACGGGAAUGAUAAUUACUUCACCGCUGCUACAGUACCUAAGGAUGCUGGUGUUUCCUUUAAUGUCUCAUGUCUUGACCGUCAGGCGAAGUUUGGUCUUGCCGAAGAUGUAUGGACGUGGGAUGAUAAUAAUGGUGAGAUGGAGCUGCAUGGGCAUAUCAAUACAGUAACUAAUGCCUACAAGAGUGGGGAAAACUAUUUCCAGAAGUUUGGCGGAAAACAUCAAAACUGCGACGUGUUCCGAAUAGAUCCAUGUAAAUAUGCCCCUAUGAUGACACCUACCACACUAAAUAUAAACGGGAUGAAGAAUAGUAUAAGUGAUGACGGUAGCAUCAGAAGAAGCAAUACUAAUAAUAAUAAUAAUAAUAAUAAUAAUAAUAUGGAUAAGAAGACGGAUAGGAGCCAAAACGUGGUUAAUGAUAAUAUAUUUGAUGAAGAGGAUGUAAAUUCGGCUAUUGAUUGGAAAUUAUAUAUCAAUGACUGUGAUGCGACAUGGGUAGGGAAUAUUUCGAUUCAUCGUCUUCGUCGGUUACGCAACAGUAAGACAAAUGAACCUCUAUUUAAACUUGUUAAUGAAACCGAAUUGAUUGGCACGAUUUACUCACAGGUUGUGAAGCCAGCGAGUUGGGUACCACCAUACAAAGGGAUUCUAACAAAAUAUCGAGCAUAUAAUGUUCGACUAUCAAUACGUAACUCCAUUUGGACUGAUGUUGAAGUUACACCGAUUUCUGAAUCUGAAGCAAAACCAGAAAGUAAUACAUCACCAAUGAAACGUCGUAUACCAAAGGAAUCAGUAGUUGUACAAGCUUCUGUAGUUAUGGAACCAACGCCAACAAGAACAACAUCAUCAUUAAAAUCACCAUCUUUGUUAACUGGUUCUUCAAAUGAAUUAUUUAAUAUAUCUGUUGAUACACGAUUUGCCGUUGGAGUAGAUCCUCAAACGAAAGAGCGUUUGUAUGGUUAUUCACUAUUGCUUUAUCCGUAUCAAUUGAAUUAUUCUGAUAUUGUUUAUAGUACUCCUAAACUAGUACACCUUAAUGCUUCAAAGUUACGUGUUACCGAUAUUCAACUUAUUAAUAGUUCAUGGAAAACGCCAAACUUACAUGAUUGUUUAGAAUGUAAGGGAAAAGAAAUGACAUGUCAAGGUACUGGAGUUGGACUUAAUCUUGACUGUGAUUCAAUUAUUCGUUUUGAACCAGCUGGAUCUAUUCCAGUAUUUCAAUUAGGAUCACAUGGACAACGUGUAAAACACCGUUAUAGAGAAAGUCCUGAUCAAUUCCUAAACGUUUCUUUUAUUGCACGUGUGGUUGGUAAUGGUACAGAAAAAUCUGCAGCAGGAAUUCCAGAUGGUUCUUUCGCAUUACGUUUACGUUUUGGUAAUACUCAAAGUGUUAUUAUUAAUAUGCAGCAGGUUGCAUAUAUUACAGGAAUUAAUUCUAUUGUAGAUAGUUUAUUAUGUCGAUCUUCAGCUUAUUGGCCCGUUCCUGAUCCACUUGGUGGAUCUGUUCCUGUUAAACCAUUUAAUGCAACACAGAUGCUAGAAAAUAUCCUCAACACUCCAUUGGAUGAAGGUAAUACAAAAGAAAAGAAAUCAUAUUUUGGACCUCCACGAGCUCUUCAUACUAGUGAUUUCUGUGACUCUUCAGAUUACCCACAACCUCCUGUGCGUGUUGUAUUAAAUAGCACUACUGCUACAGUGAAGGGAGAAGAAUCUGAUGGAGAAGGCAAUUCCGUUUUGUCAGAUGUAGAGCUUGAUAUGUGUGCUAUUCCAGAUGAAGGAGUUUAUGGCGUAACAGACUGGGUAUAUGUUUCUCUUCUUGAUGAGAUAGGAAGCGUAGCUACUACAUUUUCUGGUCGAAUGACGUUAGAAUAUCUUGUUUUAUCCGUUAAUGCCAAAGAAGUACUUGGUGUAUUAAAGAAUGAAUCGAUGCCAUCAAUACAAGAAGAAGAAGAUGAAGAAGGAAGAAAACAACAACAGUUACAUUUUCUUCUUGAUGGUGCUGGACUACCAGAAGAUAUGCCAAAUGAUGAAUCAAUUGAGGAAGAAGAAUGGAGAAAAUGGAUAGAGAAUACAACAAAUGUAAAACCAAAGGUGUAUUUAGCUUGGGAGAAGUAUGCUGCAUUCUUACAAUAUCGUCGUAUUCACGUUCGUCAAUGCCCACAGAAUCUCUCUUCUGCACCAUGUAUUAUUGAACCAUUUCAUUUUGCAUUCGUUCCAGGUACACUUUUACACCGCCGUAGCAGUGUUCGUGUAGAGUUUUAUUUAAGGGCAGCUAUUCGUUUCACUCCAACUGAUAGUAGUAUGGAAUCACAAGUUCAGGAGUUAUUCUUUACAAUUCCUGUUUCUGCACAAGUUUCUUCUGCAAUUCGUUUUGAUCGUGAUGUGUAUGUUCCGCAUGUGGUACCAGCGACAAAAGGAGGACUAAAUAAAAAAUCUGCAACUGCUUUAUUUGUUACAUUUGCAACUCUUAUCGUUGUUUUACUAGGUGCGGCAUUUUACAUUGAAACCCAUUACAAGCGUAUCUUACGUGCUGCUAAACGUCGAUUACGUCAGCAGAUGGCUGGUGGUAAAAUGGAGACCAGUAAUGGUUAUUCAAGCUAUUCACAUUCUAGUUAUGAGCCUCAGAACCAGUCAGAGGGAUUACGUGGACGAUUUCGUUCCCCAUUACGGGAUACGAAUACGACUGGUAGUGCAUUUACUGGGAGGGAAACUGGAACACCAUCGACCUCCACAUUAGCGUUAACAACUUCCGCACCGACGAGAGAAGCGGCAUCAUCGACUUUGACUGGUAUACGAACAAGUUACGGUGUUGUGCAAUUAGAGCCAAGUCGCAUGCGAGAUUCCGAGGAUAGCAACAGAAGUUCUGCGGUGCAUCCUCCCACACAGGUGUUGCGUGCCGAGCAGACACAAGAAAGCGAUAAUUAUACAGUGGAGGAGAUAGUGGUAGAUAUCAAAUAG